AUGAAUUUCCUUUUAGUUCUCGCUUGUUUAACUCUGAAUGUGGCCUUUGCAAACUCCCAAAUAUUUUGCCGCGCGCGAAUAAGUGAGUCAAAUACAUUUCUAGUCAUUCUGAGAUCUUAAAAACGUUUUUCAGGCAAUCCGACAUGUUUUGGACCCAGAAACAUUGGAACCCCGUUUGGAUUGACUUGUGGUCUGAGGUUUAUGCCCCUAGUGUGGUACUUUAACGGGGAAUCCCGGAGAUGCGAAACGAUGCCGUACCUCGGAUGCGGAGGAAGCAGCAAUAGAUUCUGCUCUCUUCAAGACUGCCGAAUCAACUGUUUACAAUUUAAGCGUUGA